CAAUUUGACAGUCUUCUCACGCUGCCUCUGCCACCUUCUUGGUCAGAAGAUACCAUUUCAGCUUUAACCCAGCAUGAUUGAAACAUACAGCCAACCUUCUCCCCGAUCUGUGGCCACUGGACUGCCUGCCAGCAUGAAAAUUUUUAUGUAUUUACUUACUGUUUUUCUAAUCACCCAAAUGAUUGGAUCGGCAUUUUUUGCUGUAUAUCUUCAUAGAAGGUUAGACAAGAUAGAAGAUGAAAGGAAUCUUCACGAUGAUUUUGUAUUCAUGAAAACAAUACAGAGAUGCAACAAAGGCGAAGAGUCUUUAUCCUUGCUGAACUGUGAGAAAAUUAGAAGCCAGUUUGAAGGCUUUGUCAAGGAUAUAAUGUUAAACAAAGAAGAGAAGAAAGAAAUCAGCUAUGAAAGGCAAAAAGGUGAUCAAGAUCCUCAAAUUGCAGCACAUGUCAUAAGUCAAACCGGUGAUAAAACAGCAUCUGUUCUACAGUGGGCUGAAAAAGGAUAUUAUACCAUGAGCAGCAACUUGGUAACCCUCGAAAAUGGGAAGCAGCUGACCAUUAAAAGACAAGGAUUCUAUUACAUCUACACCCAAGUCACCUUCUGUACUAAUCGGGAACCUCUGAGCCGAUCUCCAUUUAUAACCAGCCUCUGUCUGAAGUCCACAAGUGGCUCUGAGAGAAUCUUAUUGAGGGCGGCAAAUGCCCACAGUUCCUCCAAAGCUUGCGGGCAACAGUCCAUUCAUUUGGGAGGAGUAUUUGAAUUGCAACCAGGUGCUUCGGUGUUUGUCAAUGUGACUGAUCCAAGCCAAGUGAUCCAUGGGACUGGCUUCACGUCUUUCGGCUUGCUCAAACUCUGAACGUGCACGCUCCCAGGCUGCGGCUGAGCUGGCGCUGGCAGUCUUCCCAACACAGCAAAGCAGUUGAGACCACCCCUGGAACUGCCUAUUUAUAACCCUAGGAUCCUCCUUGUGGAGAACUAUUUAUUAUACACCCCAAGGCAUGUAGGGCUGUAAUAAGUGAAUUGCAGGGUGGGCGGACCCUAACAGAUCCUGCUCCAUAGGAGCUUGUAUUCUGAAGCAGUAACCCCACUGAUGCAGACAUCUGGAGAGUCCUAUAAGAAGACAAGGCCAGUAUGCACAGACAGAAUCCUGAGUAAACAGCAGAUAAUUAGUCAAGUUCAGUUUUGUUUCUUUAUGUGCAGUGUCUCUCAGUGGAUAAUGUAUUUGAUUUACCAGUGAAGAUGCAAAAGCAAGAAUGGGGAGCCUCAGCUCACAGUCAAUUCUGGCUGACCCUGUAGCUCUGAUGGAAGAGGCCAGGUGCUAGAAAGUCUGUCGGUGUGGAGAACUGAGCACCCUGUGCCCACCAUCGCCUAACACUUAUUCUCUCUGUCUCUGUCUGUCUGUCUGUCUGUCUCUCUGUAUCUUUCUGUCUGUCUCUGUCUCUCCCCUACCUUC